CAGAACGCAACUGCGCUGCCUUGCGCCGUGCGAAUACGCGAUCGAGGUGGAGAGGAGGAGGGUCGCGAGGUGGUCGAAGUAGGGACCAUACGUCAGCAUGUUUCGCCUCGCUAUCGUACGGAGAAUCACGGACAGAUCAAACAUGGCGAUUCAGUCGCUGUUUACGGUGAGAGCAAACGGUUUCUAGCGCCCGAGCGGCGUCUACCAGUGCGGGAGAGUGACUUUCUAAGGGCGGAGCGGACUCGUGCCAUCCUGAAUUGAAGAAUUUUCGUGAAUAUUGUGAGCAUGGAGACGCGCGAGGCGGAAACGACGGCGGAAAAAGCGUCGGGCGGCAUUUGUGUCGAUAGCGAAGUACGCGACGCGAAGGGCGUCGUGCGCUCCGUAAAAGCGGAGCCAACGCCUGCGGCGUCAUCACGCCCACUGCCCAAGUGGGCGGCGCCACCUGGAGGCGACGACGCGAAACGUCAACCGAACGUCGAUCGUUCUAGCGGAAGUAAGUAUAAAGCGUCAUUUAUAAAGACCUAUGGAAAACUGGAAAGCGGUAGCGGUAGCGGUGACCAAGACGGUGGUCAGCAUGAGGAUACAGCGGCGAAGAAGAGGAAAACUCGCAGGGGUAAACCUAAGCAUAGGAAGUUAAAACCCUAUCUGAAACAAUUGUCUUAUCAGCAACAGUUGCGGAGCAGGUGUAUCGGUAGAAUUGCAAAAACUAAUAGGCAACCGCCAGCCCUAUAUAAUACAACGCAAUUUCUUAUGGAUGAUCACAACGAUCUACCUGAUCUUGAACAAAAAUUAUCGGAAGCUGCGUCGUUGGAAGUAUCUGCCAUGUUUCAAAAACCGCCAGCACCACCACGUACUCGUGAUUCCAGUUUCAGCAUAGAUUCUGAUGAAGAUUAUUUUUAUUCAUCUCCGGAAGAUGAAGAGGAGUUUUUGACAAAAGAAUUUUCAACUGCAUACGAAGCCCUUCAUGAGGAAAGAUUGAGCACUUUGACAAAAACAGAAUUAAUACAGGAAUACAGGCAUUUAGAAGCUAAAAUGGAUUCGCUGACAAAAAGAUUACGUAAUAAGAGCAUUCAUCAAAUGGAGGAAAGAGAUUCGGAAAAUAAAAAUGUAUCUACUACAGAUUCUGAGAGCAAAAAAUUGAAACUAUGCCAACAACGGAUUGAUGAUCUGAUACAACAAAACGAGCAGUUAAGAAGGGAAAAUGAAAUGUUACGUACUGAAAAAAGAUUAUGCACGAGCAGUUCCGAGUCUAGUGUCGACAGUGAAAGCGAUAACGACAGUUGUAGCAAUAGCAACCAAAGUAGAUGUAGUUGCUCUUUUAUAAGCCCAGGAACAUCUCCUAAGCAUACUUACAAAUCUAGAUUAGAUAAUAAUAUAAGAACGGAUAAAAAAAACGAUAGCUGCGAUACUAGCCAAAGCGAAAGCCCCAAAACAUCUAUAACACCUACUAAUUUCUCCAACAGGCAUAUGAUUAUGAAUGAAACUAGUGAUUUUCCUACAUAGAUCCUAAUUUCUUUUCAAUCAAAUUUAAAAAAAGCAUUGAAUCAUGCGCAACAAACAGCAAAAUGUAUCUGUAUUUAUAUCCGAUUUCAUUAAUUGAUAUAUAUAU